CGCACAACAUUGUUUCUUCAUUGGUGUCAACCACUUCCUGCUUCUCUCCCUCCCAGCCCUUUCUCUAAUUAGGCAGUAAUUAGAGUAAGGGCUGGAGUUAGACACGUAGUUGUGAUGGUUAAGGUUGGGGUAAGGUGUUGGGGAACGCACUAGAUUAAUGAGUGUCUUCACAAAGAUAGCUGUACAAAUGUGUGUGCGUGUGAAUGUGUGGCCGGGGCGAGCGGCGCAGGCCGGCGGAGCAGGGCGCGUUGUGCCCCGCCCCUCUCGGACACGUUGCGCGGGGAGAGGCAGCGCUGACAGGAUGGGAUUCCAGCCCGGUAGCCUCCCUGCGUCUGCUGGUUUCAUGGUUUCACUCCAUCAACAGUCAGCUCAGCGAGCCGGACGGGAAACGCAGGGUUUUCUUCUGGUCCGUGGUGUCCUCUGCUGCUGCCCUCAGCCUAGCUCCACCAUGUGGACCUUGGACUCGGAUUACUCCGUUGACUGGCUCGCCAGCGAUGAGGACAACUGUGGUAGCCCAAAGAGAUUAAGUCCUCGGUGUGUGCAGAAGAUGCCGAUACCACCACCACCAUCAACAACCACACCCUUAAGCGAAUCUCCUACACGCUGCUUCUGCUCUGGAGCCACCCAGAGGUGGAGGAAGAGGAGUGACUGCUGGGACUGCAAAGAUGAAGACGUUGGCUUUCCAGCCGCCCUGCAGACCCCAGCAGUCAGUCCACUUUCUGUGGAGUUGAAACAUCAUUCGAGGAGGAAGAGAACACACGGAGCUGGUUUGGACAGAAUCCCUGGACAGCCUCAAGCAGACGCUGCAAACGAACUAUUCUUGCACAAGUGCAUGGAGCUGCAGUGCUACAUCCAGCCGCUGUCAUCCAUCCUGCGGGGCCUGAGAUCAGGCAGGUACUCCGAACGUCUCAGCAGUUUCCAGGAGAGUGUCGCAAUGGACCGUAUCCAGAGAAUAAUGGGGAUCCUUCAGAAUCCAAACAUGGGGGGACGCUUCCUCAGCAUUAUGCUGAAAAUAGAAGAAAUGCUUCAAAGUUGGUUCCCUCAUAUCAAACCACAUCGGCCCCAGUGCGAAGAUGGCAACCCAGCUAAGAAGCAAAAGCAGCAUCACUGCAGUGCCUCUCCAUCUCCAUCCUCUUCAAACAUCAAGCCAGCAGCCUCGUGCUCCUUCACUCACCUUAAAUGGCUUCACACAUCACCCGUCUGCUCCAUGAAAAUUCCUGCAUCAACACUCAGCCAGCCGGCUGCCUCCACUCGCUGCAGCCAGGAAGUGACCCAGGACAAUGCCGUGUCCUCCAGCACUGACUCGCACACUGAGACCCUGCAUCGCCUCAGCACUAAUUGUCUAAGCCAGAGGCCCCUGCCUUUCCAGAUCAGCUCACCUUGUCUGAAAGGACUCCUGCAGGCGAAAGACAGCAUUAUUGCUCCCAGGACUGUGAGAGACAGAGCCUGGUUGUCAUGGCUGCCCGCAGAGGAUACUUAACGUGCUGUGAUGAAAUCAGUGGCUGAGAGAUAUCUGGGUGAGACAGGAUCUUAUCGUUCAGGCCCUCACACGGCUUCCACAAGGCCUGGACAUACUGACAAAAGAGGCCUUAAAAAGCAUGUUUUGGAGUCUUCUAAAUAUAUUUUGUAAUCUACAGCCAAUGUUUAUCUGCAGCUCUGUUUUCAGGUUGUCCAGGAUGAGUGGAAAGAAUCAGAAUAUGACCCAAAAACACAAGACUGGUUCUUGGUUAAAAUGAUAACCUGUUUGAUUGCCUUUUCAAUGACUGUUGACUUUUAGAACACUUUAAAAGCUGUCACCUGUAAACGGCAAGGUGGUCCUCCAUUUAUGGGAUCACUUUUAGCUGGGCACUGAGUGUAUGGCUCAAAGGCCAUACUAGAAAAACUACUGCACAAACUGUCAGGUUAAGCCACCACACUCUUGAGCUCGGGUUGGCUUCAGACAGAACUAUGCAGCCAGAUCCAUACUUGAUCGCUAGAGGUGUAAAGAUAAACGGAUACAAAUUGGAAACUCCAUACAAGAGUCGUAUUUAGGGCUGCAGCGGUUGAAAACCACAGAGUAAAAAUGGUCUAAAAUCAUGGAUCUAAUCUUUAGCGUGUUUUCUGUUACUUCUGUCUGUGCGCCACUCUAGUGGGCGUGUGUGUGCACACAAUCUCCUCCCAGUGUUCAUACAUGCUCCCUUAAUGACGCAGGUCUGGGAACAACGCCGCACACAUUACAGAUCACUGCAGGAGCAAACAGUGCUAGUUUUAGUGGCCACUGCAGAGUACAGAACAUGUAGUGCUUGUGUUGAGUAGCCUGUGCUGGGAGUUUCAGACAGGAUGUGGGUGCUGUGCUAUCAAACCUACUGAUGUCUGUGUUGCGCAGCACAAGAAUGUAGCACAGCACAAGGUCGUGCAUGCCAUCCCUGCGCACUAUGCAGAAGUUAUAUGUUCAACUUGGGCGUAGUGCUCUGUGGAAAGAAAGAAUUGAGGCAAAGCUCCUUUCAGCAGACCCACAAGCUCCUCUUCUUUGCUGCAACUCGUCUACUCCUCCUCAUUAAUACAACUAAAGCCAGAGCUUUUUGAUGGCACAUACAUGCAUAUAUCAUGCAUCCAAGUCCGCUGCUAGAAAAAUUAGGUGUCUGCCUGCUAACCACCCUGCAGACAGCUUUUUGGUCUCCUAACAACUGGUGUGUGAUUUGUGUCUGUGCGCCACCCCUGUGCUGCACCCACUCCGUGACGAGUACAGCGCAUACUGCAUCCCAUCUGAAGACAGCUUUGAAGACAGCUUAAAGCCAUUUUCAGGUAGGACUGUACAUGACAUCAAUCCUGCAACACCUGGUUUCACCAAGAUAAAAUCUGUUUAAGACAUGUAGACGUUUUGCUUUAUGUACAUAGCUUUGCUCACAAUUUACUCCCCCUGAAAGAUGGCCUUUGUGAUAUUUUGUACUUCUGCAAUAAAUGUCUGCUUUCUAAAAUGAAGUGCUUUUUCCUGUUUUAAACAGCAACCUCAGCAGCAGAACAACAAAUUGAUUAUGCAGCAUUUAUUGUUUUUUUUUUUUGUAUGCUUUGGAAAACUCAACAGGCAAUGAAAACAAUAAAUAUGGAUAUUAUGCAAAACAUUUUUGUAUUGAAGCAUUUUACACAAUGUACAAUAUUCUUUUUUUCCUCCACAACAUUAAUAUUCUCUACACAUUUCCAAACAAACUUAACCUCCAUGCAGAAACCCUGAAAAUGGGAUGUGGAGUAAUGGGAAAAAAAAAA